CAUUUUUAUCCGAGAGAGUGCACAAAUGCAAAUUCGUCAUACAAAGAAGGGUAUUAUAGUCAUAUCAAAACACCCCCCACGAGUCAUUUUAUAGCUGCCGCUAGGGUUUUUCAUUUCUCUGCAUCAUCUCAUUUCGCUCACUCGCAGAGGCAACGCCGUCACCAGCUUAGAAGAAGAGUGAAGAAGAAGAAGAUAUGGCGACAGAAGAGGUGGUGGUGGCCCCCGUGACCGAGGUGGAGAAGGCUCAGUGCGGCAUUAUGCUGUUCAACCGCUGGCCCUAUGAUGAAGUGCAGGUUAGUGACAUUUCCGUGGAAGAUUACAUAACUGCAACAGCAGCCAAGCAUCCGACAUACAUGCCACAUACUGCUGGAAGGUACCAAGCAAAGCGUUUCCGGAAGGCUCAAUGCCCAAUUGUUGAGAGGCUGACCAACUCCCUCAUGAUGCACGGCCGAAACAACGGGAAGAAGCUCAAGGCUGUUAGGAUUGUGAAGCAUGCUAUGGAGAUCAUCCAUCUGUUGACUGAUCUGAACCCUAUUCAAGUCAUUGUUGAUGCUGUUAUCAACAGUGGGCCAAGGGAAGAUGCCACCCGUAUUGGGUCUGCUGGAGUUGUGAGGAGGCAAGCCGUUGAUAUCUCUCCCCUGCGCCGUGUGAAUCAGGCCAUCUACUUGCUCACGACGGGUGCUCGUGAGAGUGCUUUCAGGAACAUUAAGACCAUUGCUGAGUGUCUUGCUGAUGAGCUUAUCAAUGCUGCCAAAGGAUCUUCAAACAGCUAUGCUAUUAAGAAGAAGGAUGAGAUUGAGAGGGUUGCCAAGGCCAACCGUUGAGUGCUGGUGGAGUUUUCCAGAAAUAUGUUGUUUUGUGUCUGGAUGAUAUGUUGCAAUUUGUUUAGGGAGCUAUAAGAAUACUGUUGGUUAAUGUCAGACUAUGGAUGACAUAAAAUGUUUUUGCUGCAAUACCUUGGAGAUUUUGUUUGUUUGAAUUCUGUGCUGCUGUUUGAGAUUUUAUCUCUUUUGUUUUAUUGCAUGUCAUUUUGGUUCACUUGCAUGAUGUUUUUGCUGUUGUCGUGAUAAUUUACCAACGUUUUUAGUUUCCUUGCCGCCUCUAUCUAGUUAAAGCAACAAGAAGGGUGGAAGUCUUGUGCUAAAUUUCAAGCUUAAUAUGAGCUUUGAAAUUCAUACACACACUACUAAAUCGCGAGCUAAGAUAGCAUGUGUACGGUGCACCCUCAUAACAUCAACUGCAACGGGAUUUGUAUAGCAGAUUGAGUUUUUCUAUUUUUCUUUUUUGCGUUCUUACUUUGUCCAAAAAAUGUGCUGAUUCUUCACUCAUCUAUUUUUUCUAUUUUGCUGUGCGGUUGUCCCUUUUCGUCCAUUCUCAUUCCUAGCAAGCAACCUUCUUAAUUAUCCCUGGCUCUCACUUUUAUUUAUUUUUUUUCUCUUCUAUUGAAAGAAAAAGAGUUAAUUUAAAUUGUAUCUUAUAUUUGUAUUGUUUGAAAAAGUGAAUAUGUG